GUGUUUCAUAACACAAUUCGCCACAUAGUAUUAGAGAGAUAUUUGAAAAGUAAAGGUUUUUGUAAGUGAACUUAGGAUAAAAUAAUCAGUUAAGAUUUCUGAACUUUGAAAAUUUAAAACUAAAAACUAGAAUGAACACAGAACACACAGGAGGCCUGGUUCCUAAUAAAACCAGACCAUGUGCUCUGAUUGGGCCUCGGGCCAGACUUUAGACAUUCCAGGCUGAAUCAUUUUAACUUGCUAAUGAAUGGAUCUCCAACAGCUGCAAACGUAACCUACAAGGUUUAAACCCAAUGCUAAAUUUCUAUAAUCCACAAAACAAAUUCAAAUUACUCAAAGAGAUAUAACCACACCAAGUGUCAGUGUUUUCAUGAUCUGGAACAUGAUUAGUGUUCGUAGGCGUUUCUUCUCUGUUAGUUCCUCACUGGCAAUUAUUAACCAGCCGUAAUGACACGAGUGAUAUUGAGACGGACCUUGAGUUGAGUCAUUUCACCUUGACAUAGGCAGUGGAAUGUCGUAGAAGCUGAAACCAGUGUGUGUGUGUCUUUGUGCGUGCGUUUGUGUAAGCGCGUGUGAGAGAUUAGCAGUUAUUGGAGCAACAAGUCGCAUUCCCUCACAAACAUUUUUGUGCUGAACUCGUCGUCCUCUACAUCAUGUCACUGCUGGAUAACCUGACUUUGUCUUUUUUUUUUACCUUUCACAGCUGACAGCUGACUGUGUUUCUAUCUAUAAUCUCACUCCAGUUCUGUCUCGGUCACAUAUAUUUUAAAUUGUUCUUGGAGGCAGUAAAGUGUUGCAUUCUCACCCACUGACGCACAGAGGUAUUCGGGGUCAUGGGGAACUGGGAGAGUGUGUGGUGGACUGCAGUUCAAUGCGCCUGCAGGAUCCUUGGUGUUUCGACAGCAACAGUACUGUGCGCUGUGGGAGUGGAAACCUUACAUCAGGGGGAGUUCAACAGCCUGGGUGUAUACCUGCUUGUGGUGUCAGGUACCAUCAUGAUGUUUGAGAUGGCCUACUUUCUGGAUGCGCUCUUGUUCAUGUGCCUGCUCUCUCCUCCAGGCGGGCAGCUCUGUCUGCUGUGGGGGAAAAUGGCUCACAUUGGAGGCUUCCAUAAGUUCCUGUAUUACUCCAUCAUGUCAGUGGUCUGCUUCCUGCACCCUGUGCUAGUGUGGCACGCAGUUAUUCCAGGGACAAUGCUGUUGGUGACGGCUUUACUAAACUUCAUACUCAGCAAAAAAACAAAGAACAAGUCUCACAAAAAAGACCAGAGUCUUACGUCUGUCUGUGUCUCGGCAAGCACGGGCCCAGACAGAACCAUCUCAUUAUCCCACAUGUUAGCAGGAAAGAGAGGAGGGCAACUGGAUCUCACAGCUACACACUGUAGACCUGGGCUUGAAGAAGGAGGAGAGAGCGUCCAGGCCAUGCUGGAGCUGGAGCAGAGAGCAGCAUCCACAGAUACUGACAGAAAGAGGAGGUGGAAGGACAGGAGGCUGAGGAUCUUCAAAGGUAAAGAGGAGCCCGUGGAGAGAGAGAUGGAGGAGAUGGACGGCUGCUGUGAGCCAGAGCCAGACACCACCUCCGACACUGCACCGAUGAUAACUGACUGAGAGACCCUCAGUGCACAGAUGAAGCUUUCUGAUAUCACUGUAUAGACUGGAUAUAAAUAACUGGAGCUGCACCGACCUUUAUUUACAUGUAAAUGAGUGAAAUGUCUGCCACAAAAAGACUUAUUUACAGUUUAUCUAUUCAUUAUCCAGGCUGUCAGUGUAGAGGUUGUACAAACAGUUUUAUGUUGUUUGGUUUAUUUUAGUUUAAUGUUUUUUUAAAUAAAAAAUGAAGGAAUAUUUUUAAUAAAAAAACCAUUAAUAUAAUAAUUUACCUAGAAAAAAAACAUUAGGGCCACUGGAAGCCUAUGGCAGUGUUUUUAUCAACAGCCAAGCUGCCCUCUGCCUCUGUUCUUACUUUUAGCAGAGAAAAUUGGCUAGAAGUGUUGACCAGUCCUAAAGGAGUCUGUACACUAGGUGGCAGUAUUGCAUCUAAAAGAUUGCAGAGUUGCUGUUAAACUCAGAGAAGAAAGAUAGAAUCCUGAUUAUUAACUCUUAAAAUCUGUUCUUAAAACUGCCAUAAAACAUGUUUUAAAUGUGAUUAAAUUUUCUUCUUCUAAUUAUGUUUUUUCACAUUGCUGAACUGAUCAUAGUGCCCCCUGCUGGGGAUUAAUUCCUACAUUUGACAUUUAUUUGAUCUUUAGCUUUGUAUACUAUAUCUUUGAUAAUCCUAAUCUUUUGAAUAACAUAUUAUAUAAUUUUGUAACAUGUUUUGUUUAAUGGCAAGAAAUCUAAUUAUUUGCCCUUCAUUGUGGGGGGUGUGGGUGCUUUAUAACUAUCAAUACCAUUCUGUUCAGUGCCUCAUGCAUUAUUUAUAAAGUGAAAAAUUAGAUCAAGUGUUUCACUUCAUGCAGCAUCAUAAGAAUUCGGUACGUAAGUGAAGCGGAGCAGACUGUUUGAGCUGCUGCAGGUGCAUGUGUCAGACGCUCUCAAGUCUCCUCAUUGUGUUGUUUGUCGUGUGUGUUUGGUGGCCAUGGAGACAGAGCUCUGGGAGGAGUGGUGGUGUGAUUAUGGAGAUGAGAGCAACAUCACUUCACCCGCCGACGUGCUAUGUUUCAGUGAAUGUUCCACCAGUGCAGAUGUACUUGAGUCAAAUUCUCCUCUUUGGCUUCGCAUAGUUUUACUGCUGUUACUGAAAAAAAGUUUUAUUAAAUAAAGGAAAAAUCCAAAAUGUAUUCUACUCUCAAUGUCACAUAAAGGUCAUAAAAAAGUGUUGAUGUCCUAGAGGAAUGACCACA